AUGAUUUCUUAAGCUUAAACAAUUACUUAAACAAGUUAAACUAUAUUGCAUCUUACUAAUAGUUAAUAAAAUGAGAUAUAGUAACAAUAAUAAAUUAAAAAAACAAAAAAGAACUCUGUUUAAUGGACAGAAGAUACUGUUGAUAAUGAAGAUCUUGGAAAACUUAAAUCUAAAAGUAAGUUUAUAAAAUAAUUAUAGUUUGUUGUAUCUAUCAUAAACCACAUGCUGAAGAAUCUGAGAGUUCAGAUACUUGUACAAGUGAUGAUGAGAUAAAUGCCAUAGAAAGAGAUAAAUAAUCUAAAUUAAGACAUAAAAUGAAAUGUUCCAAACGAAACAAGAAGUGUUGCUGA